CUCGACGUCUGGCUCGCGAAAAGUCCCAUUGAACACAGCUUGUGUAUGCCUUCCUCGCCUCCUACGAAGUGAACUCGACUCACUUCACCUUUCUCAACAACGACAACUCCAUAACGACUCCCGCUGCAACCAUGUCGUCCUCGCGCGCCCUUCCGUUCGUGCGGUCUGUCUGGGAAUCUUUCCGUGCGAACUCGGGUUUGGAGCCUAGAUUACUAGACAGCCUCCGCAUCACCGGCGCCCGCCCCGGCACCGUGAACUUCGAACUCGACAUCGAGAAAGAACACACCAACCGCCUUAAAAUCCUGCACGGCGGCACGUUGGCGUGCAUGACGGACCUCGGGGGCUCGUUGGCUGUGGCGUCCAGGGGGCUGUUUGCUACGGGGGUGUCGACGGAUUUGAGUGUGACGUAUCUUAGCUCUGGGGGCAAGGUGGGCGAUACUCUGAGGGCGGAGGUGAGGUGUGAUAAGUUCGGGAAGACGAUGGCGUAUACUUCGAUUCGGUUUACGAAUAGCAAAGAUGAGCUGGUGGCGAGGGGCAGUCAUACCAAAUACAUUGCCAUGGCAUGGAAGGACGAGAAGAACAUCACUGAGGAGCUGAAGGAAGAGAAAGCAUGAUAGAAUCAUCGUCCGCCCUGCAUUGUGACGA